UGAUGAAUGUGGAAUGUUCUGUGCAAAGUGACACCUUGCACCAGAUACACACACAAUAUAUGCUGCAUUAUUACCUACUAGCUAGUAACUAACUGCAGCAAGUGUUCUGAGUCUGAUCUGAUAGUCUCUAGAGUCUCAAUAUCUUCAUCUUUAUAAUGGGUAAUGUUAGCGGUGCAUUUCCUUCCCUCUAUGAUCCAUCCACUGAGCUGCUGCCUACCUGGGCCAUUGCAGUCGUGUCAGCAGCUGUUGCUGUAACAUUGCUCUGGACUGUCUCCAUCAUACUACUUGUCAUAUUUGAGGUGUUGGGCAAGCGUAGGAGUGGAGACUAUGAGGUAUCACCAGCUGCUUUACGUGCAGCUCCUAGUCAAGUAUCCCUAGGAUCCCCACCUCCACCAGUGAGAGCCCCUCCACGACGAGUGUCGUCACAACCUCUUGGUCGCAUGCAGAGCUCAGAUGUGACUAUUAAUCCAGGUUAUCAUGACUCUGUGCCAUCACUUGCUUGUGAUCCACGUCAUGAGUAUGAGCCAGACAUCAAGUUGUCACAAGGGGACAGUGUUAGUAUCUCCAGUGAGAGCUCUCAGGGAAGUGAGGUCAAAAAGAAGCCGUUGACCGAAGCUAGUUGUGUGGAUGGGGCUACCAAUAUAUGCAGUGGCAGUCCUCUGGCUGGAAUGGUGCUCAGUCGACCAGUGACUGUGCGACAGCUUGGAGCCACCCUCAGAGAGCCUAAUUACAUCCACACAGAGUUCAAGAAAUUGCCUCUACCGUUGGUUACACUCGAUCAAGUACCUUCAGGAGUGGAACGCAAGAACAGAUACUCCAAUGUCCUUCCCACUCCACGCAGCCGUGUGUCGCUGCCCUUGCUGCUGAACAACCCAGCUUCAGACUACAUCAAUGCCAACUACAUGAGAGGCUACAAAGGCUCCCCUCGUCAGUACAUUGCCACCCAGGGACCACUAGACAACACUAAGGAAGACUUCUGGAGAAUGGUGUGGGAGAACAGGUCUGAAGUCAUCGUCAUGGCUACCAACUUCCAGGAGAGGGGAAUUGACAAGUGUUGUCGCUAUUGGCCUGCCAGUGGUAGUGCAGUGUACGGGUGUAUGGAAGUGACCCUACUCUCUCAAUGCACUCAGCCAAACUAUAGCAAGACCAAACUUCAGGUGCGGCUGUUGGGCUGUGAGGAGGUGCGUUGUGUGGAACACUACAGACUGACAAUGUGGCCUCAACAAGGAGUACCUCGAGACACCACAGCCAUCACUGACUUCCUCAGUGAGGUUCGUCUGACUGAGAGCAAUGGGCCGGCUGUGGUGCAUUGCUCUGCUGGUAUUGGACGCACUGGUGUAUUAAUAGCUGUGGAUAUUGGGAUGAUAGCUGUGAGUGCAGGAGAGGGUAAACUGGACAUUCUACGAACUGUGUCCACUCUGAGGCAAGACAGAGCAGGUUGUGUGCAGACCCGCGACCAGUACAAGUUCGUGCAUCAGUGCUUGUACGACUAUGCUCGAUCGUCGUCUCUCAAUUGAAAAGAACAGAACUAUAUAUAUCAGAACAGAAUCAAAAACUUUCAGUAUUAUAUAUUAAUUGUCAGAUAGCAGCUCAGAACUUUGAAGCUGUAGGCCAAACUUUUAUUUUUGAAUUGCAUGUAAUCGUUAUUAGUAGAUCUAGAAUUAUGAAGUGUGUAUAAUUAUUAUACAAUUAUAAUGAUAUAAUUUUACUAAAAAAAUAUAUAUAAUUAUGUGA